UGGCAGGGGAGGAGGAAAGUGAAAAAAGAGCGCGAAAGAGAUAGAGACAGAGAAACAGAAACAGCGAGACAGUCUGGGGGGGAGGGGAAGAGUAGGAAGGAAGUAGGGAGUGGUGAGAUGGAGAGGAAGAAGGAGCCCGGGUCCCGAGAGAUAAACAGCUGCCUGUCUGUUGAGAAGAGGCGGGUAAAGGAAAUAGGAACAGAAGUCUGGAGAAGUGCUAAACCAAGGAGAAGUAGCAAAGAACCACUCCUGCUUCCUCCUCCCCCUCCUUGUCAGUCUGCACAUGCGCACGGGACACAUUGGGCGGGCACGACAGAAGACUGGGUGACGUAAAGGGACAGUCCCUAGAGCUUCGCCCAACUCAUUGGCGCAAGCGCAGAAGGCGAGCAAGUACUGAGGACGCUGGGAGCGGGCGGGGUUAUCUCCCCCGUCCCUUCCUGGGUUUACGAGCUCAGAAGAGCACCAAGCCGAGAAAAAUCAGGAGAGAGAGAAAGAGAAUUGGCUUCACCCUGCUCAUCAGUGCACACCAGGAGGCAGGCGAGUACUGGAAUCUGGGGGUUUAAUUGGAGCCCGCUUGUCUUUUCCGAUAAGCGCGCGCGCGCUGGCUGGGACUCACGGAGACGCGCACGGCUCGUCUCGCGAGAUUUGAUUCGCGCCCGGGAUCUGGGUGGUUGUGUUUGCUGCGGACCCUCUUUGCUGCCGCGCGCCUGCCUCCCUCCGCCCCCGCGUUCUCCUGGUGUUGCAGCCCCGCGUUGCCUCCCAUUGCAUCACCAUGGGCUUUCUAAAAUUGAUCGAAAUCGAGAAUUUCAAAUCGUACAAGGGUAAGCAGAUCAUCGGGCCUUUUCAGAGGUUCACAGCCAUUAUCGGGCCUAACGGCUCAGGGAAGUCGAAUCUUAUGGACGCUAUCAGUUUCGUGCUGGGUGAAAAGACAAGCAAUUUGCGUGUAAAGACCUUGAGGGAUCUGAUCCAUGGGGCCCCCGUGGGCAAGCCUGCCGCCAAUCGUGCAGCAGUCAGCAUGGUGUAUUCUGAGGACAGUGGUGAAGACCGCACUUUUGCCCGGAUAAUUGUGGGGGGCUCUUCAGAAUACAAAAUCAAUAACAAGGUAGUCCAGCUACUUGAAUACAGCCAGGAGCUGGAGAAACUGGGUAUCCUCAUCAAAGCCCGAAACUUCCUGGUGUUCCAGGGUGCUGUAGAGUCUAUCGCUAUGAAGAACCCCAAGGAGCGGACAGCCUUGUUUGAGGAGAUUAGCCGCUCAGGGGAACUGGCCCAGGAAUAUGAUAAGCGGAAGAAGGAGAUGGUAAAGGCUGAAGAAGAUACCCAGUUUAAUUACCACCGAAAGAAGAAUAUUGCAGCUGAGCGUAAAGAAGCCAAGCAAGAGAAAGAGGAGGCUGACCGAUACCAGAGGCUGAAAGAUGAGGUUGUUCGUGCACAGGUGCAGCUGCAACUGUUCAAACUGUAUCACAAUGAAAUGGAGAUUGAGAAACUAAACAAGGAACUCACUUCCAAGAACAAAGAGAUUGACAAGGAAAAGAAGCGGAUGGACAAAGUGGAAGAAGAGCUAAAGGAAAAGAAGAAAGAGCUGGGCAAGAUGAUGCGGGAGCAGCAGCAAAUUGAGAAGGAGAUAAAGGAGAAAGACUCAGAGCUUAACCAGAAGCGGCCCCAAUACAUUAAAGCCAAGGAAAAUACUUCACACAAAAUUAAGAAACUGGAAGCUGCCAAAAAGUCUCUACAGAAUGCCCAGAAACAGUAUAAGAAGCGAAAAGGAGAUAUGGAUGAACUUGAAAAAGAAAUGGUAUCAGUAGAGAAGGCAAGACAAGAAUUUGAAGAUCGAAUGGAGGAAGAGAGCCAGAGCCAGGGGCGGGACCUGACUCUGGAGGAAAACCAAGUAAAGAAGUACCACAGGCUGAAGGAGGAAGCCAGUAAAAGAGCAGCCACCUUGGCCCAGGAGCUAGAAAAAUUCAAUCGUGACCAGAAGGCUGACCAAGACCGACUGGACUUAGAGGAGCGAAAGAAAGUUGAGACUGAGGCCAAGAUCAAACAGAAACUGAGGGAAAUUGAAGAGAAUCAAAAGCGAAUUGAGAAACUGGAAGAAUACAUCACCACCAGCAAGCAGUCUCUGGAGGAACAGAAAAAACUAGAGGGAGAACUAACUGAGGAGGUUAAGCUGGCUAAACAGCGCAUUGAUGAAAUCAACAAGGAGCUGAAUCAAGUGAUGGAGCAACUUGGUGAUGCCAGAAUAGACCGACAGGAGAGCAGCAGACAGCAAAGAAAGGCAGAGAUAAUGGAGAGUAUCAAACGCCUCUACCCUGGUUCUGUUUAUGGCCGUCUCAUUGAUCUAUGCCAGCCAACACAGAAGAAGUACCAGAUUGCUGUAACUAAGGUGCUGGGCAAAAAUAUGGAUGCCAUCAUUGUGGACUCUGAGAAAACUGGCCGGGACUGUAUUCAAUACAUCAAGGAACAGCGUGGGGAGCCUGAGACCUUCUUACCACUUGACUACCUAGAGGUGAAACCAACAGAUGAGAAGCUUAGGGAACUGAAGGGGGCCAAGCUGGUAAUUGAUGUUAUUCGCUAUGAGCCACCACACAUCAAGAAGGCUCUACAGUAUGCCUGUGGCAAUGCUCUGGUAUGUGACAAUGUUGAAGAUGCCCGCCGCAUUGCUUUUGGUGGCCACCAGAGACAUAAGACAGUUGCACUAGAUGGGACACUCUUCCAAAAGUCUGGUGUCAUCUCUGGGGGAGCAAGUGACCUCAAAGCCAAGGCCCGCCGAUGGGAUGAGAAAGCAGUUGACAAACUGAAGGAGAAGAAAGAGCGCCUCACGGAGGAGCUGAAGGAACAGAUGAAAGCUAAGAGGAAGGAGGCUGAGCUGAGGCAGGUACAGUCUCAGGCUCAUGGCUUACAAAUGAGGCUCAAGUACUCCCAGAGUGACCUGGAACAGACAAAGACCCGGCACCUUGCACUUAACCUACAGGAAAAGUCCAAGCUAGAGAGUGAGCUAGCUAAUUUUGGACCCCGUAUCAAUGACAUCAAAAGGAUCAUCCAGGGCCGGGAACGAGAGAUGAAAGAUUUGAAGGAAAAGAUGAACCAGGUAGAAGAUGAGGUAUUUGAGGAGUUCUGCCGAGAAAUUGGAGUUCGCAAUAUUCGUGAAUUUGAGGAAGAGAAAGUGAAGCGGCAAAAUGAAAUAGCCAAGAAACGGCUUGAGUUUGAGAACCAGAAGACUCGCCUGGGUAUUCAGCUAGAUUUUGAGAAAAACCAGCUAAAAGAGGACCAGGAUAAGGUUCAUAUGUGGGAGCAGACAGUAAAGAAGGAUGAGAAUGAAAUUGAAAAGCUCAAAAAGGAGGAGCAGAGACACAUGAAAAUAAUCGAUGAAACCAUGGCCCAGCUACAGGACCUUAAGAACCAGCAUCUGGCAAAGAAAUCUGAAGUCAAUGACAAAAACCAUGAGAUGGAGGAGAUCCGAAAAAAGUUGGGUGGGGCCAACAAAGAAAUGACCCACUUACAAAAGGAGGUAACCGCUAUUGAGACAAAGUUAGAGCAGAAGCGGAGUGACCGGCACAAUCUGUUGCAGGCCUGCAAGAUGCAGGACAUCAAGCUGCCCCUGGCCAAAGGCACCAUGGAUGACAUUAGUCAAGAAGAGGGGAGCUCCCAAGGGGAGGAGUCUGGGAGUGGCUCUCAACGAACCUCCAAUAUCUAUGCCCGUGAGGCCUUGAUUGAGAUUGACUACAGUGACCUCUGUGAGGACCUCAAAGAUGCUCAGGCUGAAGAGGAGAUUAAACAGGAGAUGAACACAUUGCAGCAAAAACUGACUGAACAGCAGAGUGUGCUGCAGCGCAUUGCAGCACCUAACAUGAAAGCCAUGGAAAAACUGGAGAGUGUGCGGGACAAGUUUCAGGAGACAUCAGAUGAGUUUGAGGCAGCUCGAAAGCGGGCCAAAAAAGCUAAGCAUGCCUUUGAGCAGAUUAAAAAGGAACGCUUUGAUCGCUUCAAUGCCUGUUUUGAGUCUGUGGCUACCAACAUUGAUGAGAUCUACAAAGCCCUGUCCCGAAACAGCAGUGCUCAGGCCUUCUUGGGGCCUGAGAACCCAGAGGAACCCUACCUAGAUGGGAUCAAUUACAACUGUGUAGCCCCUGGCAAACGCUUCCGACCCAUGGACAACCUGUCUGGUGGGGAAAAGACUGUAGCAGCUCUUGCUUUGCUUUUUGCCAUCCAUAGCUACAAACCAGCUCCUUUCUUUGUCCUAGACGAGAUUGAUGCUGCAUUAGAUAACACCAAUAUUGGCAAGGUUGCCAACUAUAUAAAAGAACAGUCAACUUGCAACUUUCAAGCUAUUGUCAUUUCACUGAAGGAAGAAUUUUAUACGAAGGCCGAGAGUCUGAUUGGUGUCUAUCCUGAGCAAGGGGACUGUGUUAUCAGCAAGGUACUGACAUUUGACCUUACCAAAUACCCAGAUGCCAACCCCAACCCCAAUGAGCAGUAGUUUGGCCUAGGGAAAUAGGGUGGUACCUCAGAGCUGUAGACCAGGAUUAAUUAUCCUAAUUGUCCAAUUUGUUAAAUAAUCAUGUUGCAGGCCUGUGAGAUACAGGAUAUCCAUCCUAUUAUACAGAAUCAUGGUCUUAUUACCAUUUAAGAAAACAAAGCUGUAUGGGGGAGGGGGGGAGGGGGUUUGCAUCUCAGCACUGGGAUAGGGGGAAGUUAGCCUUGUUACUCCUCUCCAGUCCUAACCUCAGUGGGUUCUAAGAAUUAUGUUCUACCUUGAAAUAGUUGGGAAUUUUUCUUUUAGAAUAGAGGUUCUUAAUCUGGUAUCUGUGAACUUAUGUGUGUUUUUUUAAAUAUUUUGAUAAAUGUAUUUCAAUAUAAUUGGCUUUCUUUGUAUUUUAUUUCUACGUAUUUUACACAUUUUAAAACAGAAAUGUAGGAUGGGGUCCAUAGGCUUCACCAGCCUGCCAAAAGGGUCCAUAAUAAAAAUAAGUUUUAGAUCUGUUUUAGAAAGGUGGGAAAUUCCCAGUGACAUGUGGCUGUGGGCAGUGUAUAUGGGCUCAAUCAAAAUUAUAUUCCCCAGAAAAUUAUCCCAGACAACUCAUUUUCCAAAAAGAAUAGAUGUUGUCUAAACUCCCCAGUUUUUAUUUAGAGUCUAGAACUAAAAUAAUUAUGUAGUAUAUGUUAUCAGCAGAAUUAAAAGAAUUAUUGCUCAUAAGAAAGCCUUUGUUGGUGGUGAUGAAAAGCAAUGUGGUAUAAUAAAAGGAGCACUGAGACACAAGUUCUAAAUUUUCUAGUGGGUAAAAUGGGAAUAAUAUUAGGGUGUCCCAGAACUACUGAGAACAGUUCUUAGCUAUUCAAGCUCAAAGCUUCACUAAUACUUUUGGGGUUCCCUAUAUAUUCUCAUAUGUUGUCAUGAUGUUUUUUAUGAUCCUAUGAAACAAAUUUGUAAAUAGUAAAACUGUAAUUAUGAGUUGCUUAAAGAGUAGAUUAUUACAACCAAAAAAAAAAGUCAUGUGAAUCAUAGGUUUAAUAGUCUGCCAUUGGUUCUUUUCCACUCCUAGUAAUUUUUAUUACUCCUUAUUAAAUGUCACAAACCUAGAUACCACAAAAGGGUGGGAUUUCAUUAUAUUUUUCAAUUGUAUAACAAAAAGUAGGCCAGAAAAACUCAAAAUGGAAAAGCCACCUUCAACAUCAUUUAUAAAUACAAAUAACAGAAAGGCUGUAAUCCUCAUAAAAGAUAUUUUGCUGUGUCUACUAACUCAGCAGCAAAUUUAAAUUUAUGGAAAUAAGAUGAAAACAAAAAGAUAAAAAAGGUAAGCAAUGGCUAGAGAAAAAAGAACAAUAUAAGCAGUUCAGAAUUUGGCAUAGGAAGACUUCUUUAAUAUCCACGUAAACAUUUUGAUAGUUCUUUAAUCUCUUUGGGUCAAAGUUUCCUCAAUUGUAAAAGGAAGAGCAUAGACUUUGUGACAUUAGGGGUCCUUUCCUGCUCUAGGUCUGUGAGCAUAAGAAAAGGUUUAAAAAAUCAAAGAAAACCAAAAUUUCAUGAUCCAGGAGGAUUUUUACAUACAGAAAUUCCAUUCAAAAUAACCUGGGAGUAUCUACUAUAUAAAAACACCUCAGACUUUAAAGGGAAUUACAACACUGAAAAAAUAAAGAAUGACAAAAUUCAUUUGGAAGAGCAGAAUAUGUAGAAUUUGAAGGAAAUGUGGGAGAAAAGUAGACAUGAAGGGUGAGUAUCAUUUCCAUACCUCACAUUAUAUUAUAGAGCAGUAGAAGUUUUGUGAAACAGACUAGAUGAAGAAUCAGAAAUAACCCAGUAUGGAAUGAGUCCGAGGGUACAAAUUGAGAAAUAUCUCUGUUGACAGAGGGCUGGGAAAAUUGAAAGGCAGUUUGGCAAAAAUUAGUCUUAGUCCAUCAAACACCUUAUAUGUGUGUGACACAAUAAGCUCAAAAAUGGAUAUAAAAGAACAUCCCUUAAAAAAGAAGGCAAUGAAAUCAAAUAUCCCUCACAGGGAAGAAUAAUGCAUAGAAGUGACUGUAAAAGAAAAAAUAGUAUCAUUUACAUUAAUUUGAAAAGCUUUUGUAUGACCCAUGAUCUCUGUAAGAAAACAUUGAUGGGCAGGUGGGAGAGUGUUUACAUCAAAGAGUUUAUGUAUUGUGAAUUAUAAGAUGUCUAUGGAUAUAAAUAUAUAUGAAUAUACAUACGAAGUAGUCAAAGGUUAUAAAAAAUAUCUCAAAUGAGGAACUAUUACAUAUGUACUAUAUGAAAAAAUGCUCCAAUUCCCCAAUAAUGACAUAAAAACCAACUUUUACAUUACAUCUAGUAAAUUGGCAAAGAUAUAAAGAGGGAAAUAGUCCAGGUCUAGGGAGCUAGUGGAGAUGUGAACAGAUCCAACCAUCUGGGAAAGUUAAUUUAGUAUUAUGCUUUUUUUAAAAAAAAUGACUAAAAUGCCCAUACCCUUCAACCCAAAGAUCAUACUGUUUGGUAUAUGCCAAGGAUAUAUUGGGAAUGAAGGUAUUCUAAAGUUUUUUAAAAUACCAAUAAACUAAUUUAUUUUUUUAAAAAAAGGUAAAGAUAAGCAAGAAAAACAAUUGUAUACAGUUGCCUUCCAUUUUUGAGCAAGUAGAUAUUUUUUGUAGGUCACACUUUAAAAAAAAUUUUUUUAAGCCUACAAAAAAUUAAUAUCUUGAACUUCCAUUAAUGUAGACAAAAAGUUUUAUUCUCUAGCCACAAAAUUCCCUACUAUGACCCAAACCUAAUUAAAAUGUAAUUGGGAGAUAUUUAACAAAAUAAAAAUACAGUACAACCUAGAAAAUAUUAAAUUGUGUUUUUUCUGAGUCAAUAUGCUGCCUGCAAAUUUGAAUUUGAAACUAUUGGUAUGGAUAAUUCUUUCCACAGAUGCAGAUCACAAUCUCAACAUAUUACAAGAAACUAUUUUAUCAUUACUCUGAAUAAAAAUUUUAUUAUUUACUGAC